GACCAUACUGUCAAACUGGCAGUGAUGGAUUCUCUCUUCAGAGGCACCCUUUGGACCCUACUCAUCCUCUUCACACUGCCACACCUCACCUGCAACAUGCUGUGCACAGGCAGCUGCCUAUGUGGCUUUAACGGUGCUGUCAAGUGUGUUGGCAACACCAUCACAGAUAUACCACAGAAUCUGCCCAUCCACACGUACCUGCUGCAGCUUAAUGACACUGACAUGAACGUCAUCAAUGAGCGGAGCUUGGCUGAGAGGAAUCUGCUGUUGCGUUUCAGUCUGACGCACAGCCAUUUACAUGCUAUCCAUCCCAAUGCCUUCCAAGUUGCUCCGCAGCUCAGAUCUAUCAAGCUGUCGUCCAAUGAUCUCUCUACCGUCCCUGCUAAGGUCUUCAGUCCGUUAGUGACACUGGAGCAACUGCAUUUGGAUGAGAACCAGUUGGAGACCAUAACUCCAGAUAUGUUUGAAGGACUGGUUAGUUUGCUGGUUCUGGACCUGAGCCAGAACAAACUGACCAGUCCUGUUUCAGAUGUUUUCGAUGGACUGACCAAUCUCACCUUUCUGAACCUUGGAAGGAACUCCAUAAAUAAACUCCCACCGACCAUCUUCCACUCAUUGACUAAUCUUCGCAACCUCAUGAUCUAUAACAACCAGUUAGAGGUGCUAGAAGCUGGGAUUUUUGAUAAACUUGGCAACCUUUUGGAGCUAAAAAUCCACCAUAACCAGAUUACCAGCCUUCCCCCUCAUGUGUUUUGGUCACUAAAGAACCUGAUGAUCCUCACCCUGUCCUCCAACCGACUUCAGGCUAUCCCAGAAAAGACCUUCUACAACAUGCCAAAGCUGACCAAGCUCACCAUUUACAACAACCCAUUAUUAUCUCUGCCAGACCAGCUAAUGGGUCACAUGCCUGACAUGACAGAAUUUUAUCUGUUUUCUACUAAUCUCACCACUGUUCCCGGAAAUUUGUUUGCAAACAUGUCAGGACUUUUGAGGCUUAACUUCCACUUGAAUGACAAGCUAAGGGAGUUGCCUUCAGACCUCUUCUGCUGCCUUCCCAAGCUCGACAAGCUCUCAUUGAAAUCCAACGACCUCCUUUAUCUACAUCCCAACCUGUUCUCUGGACUAACCACACUUGGUAUACUGCUCCUCAAUGACAACAAGCUGAAGAGCCUACCAGAUAACAUCUUCCAGGGCCUUGGAGGGGUUUUGACAGUUGAUUUAAGGCGUAACCAUCUCGAGACUCUUUCAGGAGAUACUUUCUUCUCAAAUUCAGUUUUGAAGGGUCUUGCUCUGGGUGGCAACCCCUGGGACUGUACUUGUAGUAUUAGAGGUAUUGCGAAAUGGAUAAGACAACAUAAGCAUGAUGUUCUCGACAGACAGGAUGUGAUAUGUCACAGUCCUGUAUACCAACAGCUCCGUACCGUUGGCUCUCUGCAGGACGAGGAAUUCAACUUUUGCGAUGCUAAGAAACUCAAGUCAACCUCAACCACCACACUUCCCACAACAACAUUAAUGACCACUCAUGGCAUCACCCAACAAGACACCAUCCUAUCAACCACUCCGACUGCCAGGCCGGCUACUUUCCCUACCACCGUCUUACCAACAACUCUCCAAACUCCCACCACCAACGAGCCAAACGAGGAGUUUCUUCCCACCACUGAGAAUCCCUCGUCUCAUUACAUAUUACCUAAUUUCUAUGGCACACUGGUGAUUGAACAGGGGCCAGAGUUUGUUCACCACAACCUUUACAAGGGCUGGGUGUACGUGUGGUUUCUGCCCUCAGAUGCUGGCUUGACCGGGCUACUCAUGUUCUGCUAUAUCCUUCUUGUGGCUGCAGGCUUGGUCCUCAUUUUUGCUGCUGUGUUUUGCAUGUAUCGCCUUAACAAGAGCAUGGAUGAGCUGAAGGCUGAGUGGGCACAUCCUCCAGAAAAAAUGGACCUGCCCCUGAAGCUUGAAGUGCUACUUCUUCUCUGUUCUUUCCACACUGUUGUUUGGGCGUGUCCAGAUGGAUGCUUAUGUCAUGAAACCAAAAUCCUUUGCAACGGGCUCUCAGGCUUCCCCACGAUUGUGUCCUCAGCAACCACAACCAUCUACUUCUCCAACUGCAGUAUCUACUCCCUGAAACCAGAGGACCUGACUGAUUUUUCUCAUACACUUAGGGUCUUUGUGAUGAAAGACACUGUUUUAAGGGAAGUACGCACUGGCACCUUUGAUUCAGCUCCAAAUAUGGAUGCCUUAGGGUUUACUACAACCGAAUUACAAGAUCUCCCUGAAAAAUUGUUCCAAAAUCUGCAGAAUCUUAAUUCUCUGAAUCUGAAGAACAACAAGCUCCUGGUACUCCGCCCUAACUGGUUUUCCACGUUGGCAGAGCUAAAAUACCUUGACCUCAGCAAAAACCUUUUCACUUCUGUACCUGUAGAAACCUUUCACCCUCUUACUGUGCUGCAGAACCUUCUUUUUUCUGGAAACAAUAUCAUUCAUCUACAUAGAGAGACAUUCAAGGGUCUUUCAGAGCUGAAAAUCUUACGGCUUAACAGCAACUCUCUACAGGAAUUACCCCUUGGAAGUUUGGAUGACCUUGGAGAACUGGAGGAACUAUCCCUACAAGACAAUCUAAUCACUCAUCUCCACCAGGAUCUGUUCUCCAAGACUUUGAAACUCCAGAAGCUAUUCCUCUCCAACAACAGGCUCAGAUCUCUUCCACAAGGGAUAUUCUUAAACCUGCCCAUUCUUUCCAAGAUCUCCCUGUAUGAAAACCAGCUGGAGAGUCUGGGGCCAGGAGUGUUUGGGCCCAUGGCCCUCCAGGAGUUGUGGCUGUAUGACAACAAGCUGAGUCGUGUGGAGGAUGACACAUUCAGAAACCUGACCCAGUUGCGUCUCCUGGUCCUCAGUCGCAACCAGAUCAGCUCUAUAUCCACAAGGGCCUUCGGAGGGUUGGAGCAGCUUGGAGAGGUAUCACUUCACACUAAUCUGAUCACAACACUGCAAGCUGGGACUUUCCAAGAUCUGCCGAGUCUGGUCAACAUUUCCUUGGAGCACAACUUCAUCAGCUCCCUACCUUUGGGUUUUCUCCAGGGCGUGAGCAACCUGGGACAGAUAGACCUGCAAAAUAACUCCCUUCCCAAUCUGCCACAAGAGAUUCUAGAUGCGCUCAGUUCAGCAAAGGAGGUUCUCUUGCAGCAAAACCCAUGGAGGUGUGACAGGGACAUUCUGCCACUUAGAAGCUGGCUGAAACAGCACCCAUCCAAGGCCAACCAAACUCUUGUGGUGUGUGAAACACCUUUCGAUCUUAACGGUGAGGUAAUUGCACUGCUGGAGGAUGAGAAUUUCCUGUCCUUCGGCUCUACCGAGGCCCCUGUGUGGACCUCAACGGAGAAGAGGAAGAAACCACAGACUCCACCAGCAAGACGAAGCACUUCCUCACCUGUAGCCAAGACCACCGCUGCCUCAGAGAGUGGCGGUGAGGAAGUCACCAGUGGUGGACAAGGGGAGAAGGAUACUGUUUCUAAGGAUAAUUCAAUCAUCCUCAUCCUCAUCGCAGUAGUGGCCACUGUCAUCAUCAUCACUGUCAUCGUCAGCUGUGUAUGCUGGAGGAAGAACAAGAGAGGCAGGGGAAAUAUUGGUCGCAGAAACAAGAACACUGUGCUGUAGAUGAGACCAUCCAAUUUUAGCAAUCCAAGAACUAUUAAAGCCAAGGGAAAAUGCUCAUUGGUUAUUUUGGCUUAGUUGGAAAAUGUGGAGCCCGUAGUUGGUUUAAGCUUCAAAAGCCACAGAAUGAACCACUUCAUCUCAAUUCAGAUGUACCAACUAAAACAAACAAGUAGACUUUGAAUUAAUCAGCUUUCACUUUAAAUGAUUUUAUUUUUAACCAAUUUAACAGCCAGUUUUCCUCAUGUGUGCUGUAAAAUGACAACUGAUGUAGUAUUGACUAACAGUGAAAAGACCACAGUGCCAUCUUGUGGGCAACCUGGAUAUUUUGGGGAAUGUAAGCUGAGAUGCACUGAAACAGUGUAUUUCUUCUAGCAGACUUAAUGCUGCCUUCAGUACUUUGUGAAAAAUAUUUUCAAUUUUUCAUAAUAUAUAGUUGCAGUUUGGCAACUACUUUGUGUGCUAACAACACAUUUAGGAGACAGGUUUACUUUUUGCAAAACGGCAAUCGAUAAGAAAUACUUCUGACUCGACUGUAACAUAACUCAUACUAUGGUUUCACACUUACAAUACAAAAUGUCACUUUACGUUGAAUAAAUGCACUACUUUUAGUGGGAGCAAUGUUA